AAGCAGUGAGGAGGAGGCGGCGGCGGUGCAGCCCAGCGUUAUGGUCGACAGAGUCGAACCCUCGGAAAGAAUUCGGUUGUCCCCCGGGAGCCCACUACACCAGUAUUCAUCUAUUGCCCAGAAAG